GGUUUUGGUGAAGUUGAGUCAGAAAAUGUGGCAAAAUUUUUCAAAAAGUAUUUCGACAUCGAUGUUACAAAGCGAGAGUUGUGCUAUAAGGGCUUUAAUUGGGGUGAUGUGAAUGUUGAUGGGGACGUCCUCGAAAUGUCAGUAAAAAAUUCUAUGGCGUUCGAGAUCCCUUUGAGUAAUUUGUCCAAUGCGACGCUGAAUAAGAACGAGGUGAUAUUUGAGUUUCACCUUAACGACGACGCCGAGAUAUGCUUAUCGGAAUUGAGAUUAUACACUCCAGAAUUCAAACAAUUGCAAUGUUUGCAACCCCGUGGUCGAUAUGACGUCAAGUUGUAUCCAACAUUUUUCCACCUACAUGGAAAAUCGUUUGAUUUCAAAGUUCCAAAGAGCUCCAUAACUCGGUUACUCAUGCUACCUCACCCAGACUAUCGACAAAUGUUCUUCGUCGUUCAACUCGAUCCACCCAUUAAACACGGUCAAACGCGUUAUCACUUCGUCAUAAUGCUAUUUGAGAAGAAUUCACAUGUUGAGCUAGAAAUGACAGCCACGGAUGAGUGGUUGGAAACGCAUUACAGUGGAAAGCUGACUCGGGAGGUCAGUGGUCCGGAAUAUGAGGUUGUAGCACGGGUGUUCAAGGCAAGUCGGUCUUCCUGUUUCCACACUUUCGCCCUAGACCGCGAUUCUUUUUUUAUAUGA